AUUUUAUUAAUUAAACUAUAUGGUAAAACACAGUACAAACAAUAACGUUGUUACACAUAAUAGUACUAGAAAACUGUACAAGACACAUAUCUCUUGUCCAGAAAUUUCAUUCUUCAUUCUCUCUCUCUCUUUCUCUCUGCCACAUAUUGGAGUAUCCUUCUGAACUUGAUCCAACUUUUUCAUCAAAUAGAUUUCUCUAACAACUUCAUAAUCUUCCUUAAUCAUGGUUCUUCUGCCUUAUUUUCUGCUCUUCCUUUCUCUAACUGGAUAUUCAAGUGGUGCUCUUUAUUGUGUGUGUAAAGAUGGUGUUGGGGAUCAAAAUCUUCAAAGGGCUAUAGAUUAUGCUUGUGGUGCUGGAGCUGAUUGUUCACCUAUUCUACAAUCUGGAUCAUGUUUUCAGCCCAAUACUGUGAAAGAUCACUGCAAUUAUGCUGUUAAUAGCUAUUUCCAGAAAAAGGGUCAAACUCAAGGUAGCUGUGAUUUUUCUGGUUCUGCUGUUACCAGUCAAACUCCACCAACUACUUCAACAUCUACAUGUGUUUUUCCCUCAAGUGGCAAUGCAGGAGGAGGUACAGGCACAACACCAGGAACCAGUACACCUGUAGGCACAGCACCACCUUCCACCAUAACUCCAACCACUCCUACAGGUACAACACCAGGAACAGGUACAGGCACAGGCACACCAACAACAGGCACACCAACAAGCACAGGAACAGGCACUGGAGUUGGCUCAACCACAGCUAGUCCUAAUGUGUUUGGCAUGAGUCCAACAUCUUCAACUGGUACUGGAAGUGGCUUCACUGACCCUAAUGGAGUGGUUCAAUUAAAAAAAUGUUCUCAUGUUUUGUUACUAUCCCUUGUUUUUACUUUAUGGCUAGUAACUUUAAGGGACUAAAUAAAUAAACCUUUUAGGCAAAAAGUUGUGGGUGAGAUUUUGUGCCACUACAUGAUGCAGGAUGGGUGUUUUAUGUAAUUUCAUCAUCACUUGGAGAAAGAAUCAUCCAGAAACAAACCCCACUUUAGUCUUGUGUUCUUUUUGCUUUUGUUUUGUUCCUACUAUGUGCAAAAAGGAAGAGAAUAUGGUUCCUUUUUAGUGGUGAAUACUAAUGAGUAAUUUGGGGGUAUAGAACCUACUCACUUUUUCCAUUUUGUAUAAUUAUGAGUAUAAGAUUCACUAUUUUUUAUUUA